UAAAACCCAAAUAGUAGGGUUGUUAUCAAAGCAAAAAACAUUUUUUAAAAAUCAGCGUUUAAAUAAUGUUAAAAUAAAACUCAAAUAGUAGGGCUAAAAACCACAAAGUAAACAUUCAUAUUUUAUAUAUUAUUAGAUAUAUUGAUUUUUGUUCAAAUCUAGCAUGCUGUACUAAGCAUCUAGAUUAUAUGACCAGGUGUGUGUAUAUAGUAUUAAGUCAAGUUCAUUCCUUAUUUUCAUUGGUCCAGCUGGCUAAAAUGUUGCAUUACUGAUUGUGUUUUAAUUAGUGCAUGAAAUAGAAACUUGUCAUGAUAAUGUUUUGUACAUAUGGACAUUUCUAAAAGUAGCAACAGAAUUUUUAGCUUCUGCACGUAGUCUACUUUGGAAGUCCCAAUCAGUUGUAGUGUUUUACUCGUUCAAUUCAUUUGGUUGUAAUGAAAAUUAAACUAUCUUAUUGUAAACUAGAAGAAAGUUUGAUGACAUAGUCGAGAGAUUGGACCAACACAAUUAGGUCAAAGAGAUAAGAAGAAAAAUGUGUUUAUUUUUUUGGUUGUUUUUUUUCUUUAUGGAAUCAGAAAAUGUACAUUUUGAAAAAUCAUUUCUCAACCUUAAAAAAUACAUUUUUGUGUGUUCACCAGUUUACAUUAUUAAUGUCACAAUUUUAAUGCUGUAUAAAGUCAUUCUAAAAAUAAGUCAAACUGUUGUUUUUUUUUAUGUUCUCUCAACUACUGCUGUUGGUGAAUGUAGCAAACUAUUGUUUUACAGACACUAUUUCAUUGUACAGUAGUUUUGUUGGUUGUGUGGAAGGUAUUUACUUGAAAAAAAGGGGCCACAACGUCACAAUCUACGAGACGUUUGAAGAUCCCCGAACAUGGAGUGAGGAGAGAGCCAGGAGCAUCAACUUGACCAUGUCGCCAAGAGGUCAGUUUGCACUCAGAGAGAUCGGCUUAGAGGACAAAGUCCUAGCGCAGGGAAUCCUGGCCAAAGGGAGGAUUGUGCAUGAUGGGAAAGGUAACAAGUUUAGAAGCCCUUACAACGAAAAGGGGGAGGGAAUCGUUUCGUUGAGAAGGACUCGACUGAACGCAUUUCUCAUUCAAGAAGCUGAAGAAACCUACAAAAUUCCAUUUCACUUUCGACAUACAUUUGAAAGAUGUGACACCAGUGACCAACAUGGCGCUCCAACAACUGUUUGUGUUUUCAGAAACACUUCCGGAGAGAAAGAAACUAUGGUCAAGGCUCAGGCUGAUCUGGUGAUUGGAUCAGAUGGAGCGCAUUCAGUGGUGCGCCAGGACCUCCAGAACAAACGCAAGAUUGGAAUGUUUCAACAAGAGUACCACGAUCAUGGGUACAUGGAACUAGUGGUGCCUUCUGGCAAUGAUGGGCAGCCUCAGAUGGAACUAGACAUGCUUCACAUCUGGCCCCGUGGAGAGUUCAUGUUAAUUACGUUCCCAAAUUUGGACAAUACUUUCUCCGGAACUUUGUUCAUGCCUUUUGAGAAGUUGGAUGAAGUGAUGCAAGGGGAGGAAGUUCUUCUGAAGUUCUUCAACGCAGAGUUUCCGGACUUGGUUAGGCUUGUUGGAGAAUCUUACUUGAAGCGGCAUUUUGUGGAGAAGAAGAAAAGACCUGGCAGACUUAUCUCUAAUAAGGUUGAGCCGUAUCAUGCAGACAACAUUGUUCUGAUUGGAGACGCUGCCCAUGCCAUGGUGCCCUUCUAUGGACAGGGGAUGAAUGCUGGUUUUGAGGACUGCUUGAUUCUGGACAGAAUAUUUCAAAAGUAUGGUCACUCGAAAGCGAACCUUGGUAGAGUGCUAAAAGAAUUCUCAAGAGUUAGAUGCAAAGAUGGUCAUGCCAUAAGUGAAAUGGCAUUCAAGCACUAUGUAGAACUUCGCUCGGACAUUGCUGGCGUGACUUUCUACAUGAGAAAGUUUGUAGACAACAUGCUCUUUAGAUUGCUCCCUAAGACCUGGGUCCCAGAAUAUACAAUGGUGGCUUUCACUGACAUGCCAUACAGCGUCUGCCUGAAGGAAACAGAACGCCAGAGUCGAAUUAUCACCAGUACUCUCAUAUUCUGUGGCAUUGCUUUCUUCGGAAUACUAGUCGCUUUGUUUUUCAAGUUCUGGGUUUGGCCUUAAUAGCAGAAUCAAAAGUAGUCACGCCUAUGGAAGCUGGCGGUUUCUAUACAAGAAUAAUCUCAUGAUUUGUACUCCUUGUAAACAUUACAGCAUUAAAUGUUCAAUACUUAAAUAUAUCGAAAGUAGAGAGAGUUUAUAUUUAUACUCUAUUUCUAAAAAUGUUAUAUAUCUUAAAAGUAGAGAGAGUUUAUAUUUAUACUCUAUUUCUAACAGUACUACCAAGUUAGAUAUUUUACAAAAAUGUCUUUGUAAGACUGUAUUUUUUAUUUCCAUUUAUUUUGUUCCUAAUCGAAGGGAUUUUCGAAUAAAUUCAUGUAGCCUAUGUAUUUAUGGUUGCCUGGCAACAAGGGGGGACAAUGAAGUUUGCGGCUACAAACUAAGUUACACUCGCAAACAAUUUGAUAAAGAAAUGGUCCAAUUCUACUUGUCGUGUCGCAAAGAUCUGAAGUCUUUAAAAAACACUUCAUGCAAUACACACACUAAUUGUGUGCACACCGUUAUCUCGGGGGUUUUGUGGGAGUUUUUUUUUUGUCGUUCAUUCUACUAUUUACUUACACAUUGCUUGGCCAUUUAUUUAUGUUUCUGUUUUGUUAAUGUCCUAUUACAUAUUUCUUCUAUGUAUUAACUCUUUCUCUCCGUAAUAUUUACCACAUUCUGUUGGAAUCAACGUUGAUAUCGUCAUUUAGGAGAGAAAGAGUUAAUAUUUAGUUACUCCGCUACUUGUAAUUGUUGUUUAUAUCAAUAUUAACAUAAUCACAUAGUCAUGAAAAUGAACAUUCCUUUUAAGUAGCCUUGGCAUUGUUGAUAAUUAAUAUAUUUGGAUCUAUUCUAUGUACCCACAUGGCUAUGUACCCUCAUGGUAUUGUAGAUCUGGAAAAUUAUAACAACUUGACACUUUUAAAACGCAUUAAACGAAAACUUCAUUGAGAUGCAACAAUAAACUUUAAACCACAGACCUAUUACCUAUAUAUACCUAUAUAUUAUAUAUAGGUAGGUCAGUGGUUUAAAUAUAAAUGAUUACUAUAUGUAGUACAUAUAUAUAUAAUAUAUACAUAUAUCAAGAAAUUCCCUCUAACAAGACUGAUGACAAAUAUUUAAAUUAGCAAAAUUAUUCAGUAUAAAAGAGCCUUUCAUUAUCAUGUAGGUCUAUCAUCUAUGUACAUUGAACAAAUCUAUUUUGUGCUUUCUUUUUCCCUACAUCAGUAAAUGGGAUUUCAAUAGAUCUGUAUCAAUAAAAACUUUACACAUCGA